AUGGCGUUCAUAGUGAAACACGUAUUAGGGGAGAAGUUUAAGGAUAUCAGUGGCGGUCUUGCGGAGGAAAAACCCGAAGAUGAGAAGUCCGUGGCAGGAGCAAAAGGGAUGACGCAGGAAGAGUUCGUUCAAUAUCAACAACAGCUGGCCGAGGAAAAGAUGGAGCGAGAUGCCAACUUUGUUCAGAAGAAGGCAGAGAGAGCCACAGUUAGGACCCACCUUAGGGAUAAAUAUAGGCUGCCAAAGAGCAUGAUAGAUAAAACUCAGAUUGAGGUGGCAGGCAAAGACGUGGAGCUCCCUUUGGAGCUGGCUAAGAUGAUCGCUGAGGACAACGAGGAGGAGGAGAACCAGGACUCUUUCCUGGGUCAGCUGACCAACAUUCAAAAUAUUGAUAUUGACGAGCUGAAAGACAAAGCCCAGACCACUCUUGAAGAUCUCAAACAGUCAACUGAAAAGUGUGAUGUCAUGUGAACUAAACCCAUGUACACAAAGCUUUAGGGUGAGAGAGAGGAUCUAGGAUCAGAUGUUUCUUAACUUUCCUGAUCAAUAAUUUGCUUAAGCAUAAAAACAGAUUCUGAAACAACACAUUCCUUGCAAAAUAAUUUGAUCCCUUAGUCUCAGGGUUAGUGGUAAUGGCUUUAAUACAUGUAAAAGAUGCUGUAAUUGAUUAAGUACUGUGUGGCUCACUCAAAAUGAGAUCAAAUGUUUGCUAUAAGAGUUCUGAAACUGAGCCAUUGUAAUUUUGUUGUUUCAGUUGAUCAAUUGAUAAUGAUCAUAGGUACAUAGGCUACUUAAUGAUUUUUUUUCCUUCACUUGUAAUCUGUUUUCUGUUUAUUGAAGUAUGUCCUGAUGUAGCCUUUAAUCUGCCAGUAACCUAUGCA